GACUGCUGAUAUACGCUUUUCAAACACAAACGGGCGGGUGAAAAUGCAAACAAAAAAUGACCCACUAAAUUUAAAUAUCUGUUUUUCUGAGUAACACUUGGGAACAGCACACAUAAGAAAUAUAAAUAGUAAUAUAGGAAUCCUUUCCUACGACGCAUAGUGGUUGAAGCCAGCACAUUCAAAAUGGCGGCCAGUCUGCUCCACAGCGAAUAUUUAAUACACUUGGUCAACUAGAUAAAAUCAACUACCAGUGACUUCUUGGUUUGAAUUAAUUCGUUUUAUUUGUCAAGACAAAUAGUGUACUAUUGCAAAUUAUUGUUUUCGACAUGUCGGACUCUGAGGAAGAAAGUCAAGAUCGACAACUGAAGUUUGUAGUGAUCGGAGACGGCGCAUCAGGCAAGACGUCACUGGCCACCAGGUUUGCUCAGGAGGCGUUUGGGAAGCAGUACAAACAGACCAUCGGCCUGGACUUCUUCCUCAAGAGAAUAACUCUUCCAGGCAACCUGAACGUGACCCUGCAGGUGUGGGACAUCGGGGGACAGUCGCUGGGAGGGAAGAUGCUGGAUAAAUACGUCUACGGUGCUCAUUCUGACGGGGAUCCUAACGCGCGGGGGCCCCGGGGCCCCGGGGGCCCGGUCACAGCCCCCGGCGCCUGGGUUUACCGGGCACGCGUGGGGCGGGUGGCUCGCCGGGUUGGCCGCGGCUUUGCGAGGAUCUUUGUGGAGAUCUCUGGGCCGCUGCUGGGUCUGCAGCAGCUGGUGUUGUGGAGGUGCCUUCAGGCUCCAGGGCUGAGCCCGAAGAAGUCCUAUUGUGGGUACCCUAUUGUGAAUAAGAUGUGUGAACGCAACGGGCAAUCAGGCCAGCAUUGCCCUGAGAAGAUUCUCCCUGUGUGUGUCCUUUUUGCCUCACAACGCUGUGUUGCUCAAAGCCGUGUUCUGUUCUGCUCCGCCACAGUCGACCUGGAGCACAUGAGGACGGUGAAGUCGGACAAACACCAGCGCUUCUGCCAAGAGAACGGCCUCAUCAGUCAGUUCGUAUCGGCCAAGACGGGGGACUCGGUGUUCCUCUGUUUCCAGCGAGUGGCCGCUGAGAUCCUGGGAGUGAAGCUCAACAAGGCUGAGAUGGAGCAAUCCCAGCGUGUGGUGAAGGCAGACAUCGUGAACUACAGUCAGGAUUCCGUGGCCCGGGCCGCCAACCCCCAGCGAAGCUCCAUGUGCGUGGUCCAAUGAUUCAAGCCCACUCUGGAUCACCCCCCCCCCCUCCUCCCCUCCCCCCAUCCCCUUACCCCCAUCUCCCCAUGUCUACCCUUAAGGACACGCACACACCCAAACACAAACACACACACGCAUACACACACAAUUUCACUCAUGCUCACGAUUCGAUGGGGAAGUCAGUAUUCAUUGUUUCAGGCAGGGGGUUUGGUGGUCACAUGACCAAUUGGAUUCCUGUUAAGUUGGCCUUGCUGUGUUAUUUGUAUUUGUAAGUGAGAAGAAGCAACUGAAUCCCAGUUCUGCAUGUAUGAAAUCUAGAUUUUCUUUUGUAAAUUAUAACUGAGUCCUCUUGUGUUCCCCAGUUAAAAGUCACAAUGUGUUUUUAGUGUUUAUUUUUCUUUAAUCACAGCCAAUAAUAUCUUACCAUCGAACCGGUUCCAUUGUCGAACAAACUCAUGCCAACUUGUGUUUCGUUGUGCGACUGUUUGACUGUAUCUUACUGCAGAGAAAACCUGGUUUUCUGCAGAUGAAGACGGGAGCGUCCACUAUGCUUUCAAAAUCUUCGAUAAACAUACGUUGUUCCUUCAUGCGUGUUGGGUUUUCAGCUCAUCAUUGUGUUUUAAAACUACAGUGUAUCACAAAUGCUAUCGGCUAAAACUUCUGCUAUUGCCUCCAGUUGGGGUGUUCAGAUCGGGCUAAUCUCACAAAUCAGACUUUAGAUAUUAAUCUAAGUCGAAGAAAGUUCUGUCUAAAUGAUAAGGCCUUCACUCAUAUUUAUUCUUGCCUGCUAUUAGACUUUAGAUAUUAAGUCUGAUGGUAGACGAGCUAAGACCUUGGUGAACAGGAAUUUAAUGAAUGAAUUAAUGUCUUUCUUUCGCUUCAUAUCUAUUUCGACCAAUCAUGUUGCUGGAGGCGGGGAGCUGUAAGCAUGUCAUUGCUGAUCUCCAACUCGGCCAGCAGUAGUUAACUGUAAAACAAAAAUUUGGUUUCAAAUCAACACCAUGAAGUCUGGCCAAUGAAGGAAUACACAUGUUAAAAUCCCCUUCUGAAAGCUUCAUCCACUGUUUCAAAUGAGUUUACUAUGGUGUAAUAUCUCAGUAAUGAAGCAACACACAAGGCGUAUCUCAGCCCCUUGCAGGUCCUGGUUUCCGACCAACGCUCUGUACCGUCUCCUCCUGCUAUAACGUCGUAGGACGGCUGGAUCCCAGAUAAAGGUCGGACUAUCUGAUACACAUACAAAGAGGGGAUGGGUUGGGGUUGCAUUUACCAGCUGUGUUCAAGGACGAGUGUGUACUUGUGUUUGUAUGUUAAACCAGUGGCUUCUACGUCCAUGGGGCUGCUAUAUUCAAAGGAAGAUAAAUAUGUGAUAUGAACAGAAGUAGAGUGAACUUAAGUUUAGUUUUUUAUAUUUGCCAAUAGCGGCUUGCCUUAGCAGUGCUGUGGUGUUGGUGUUACUUAAAAGAGAAGUGUUAAUUUUGUGACUUUUAGAUGACAAAAAAUGAAAUCCUUUAUUUAAAAAAAACUACAAGACAAUACGUUCUUGUGCAUUUAUGGUUCCUCAGAUUUACAUCUUAUAUUGUAAUCAGUGAUCAUCCUAAAAUGAUCAAUAACUUUCAGAUUAUUUAUAUUCAUAGUGUUCCUUUCAUUUCAAAACAGAUAUAUUUGUGUUUUGCUGAUUAAAGUCAAAGUGACUCAGUUGAGCAGCUAAAAGAUAAAAUGAUUUGUUGGGGAUCAGAGGAGUUUGCAUCGAUGCUAUGACUUUUUUAAGCAAUGCUAAUGAAAGACUAGAGGAUAUACGCUGUACUGUAAACAAUAUAAAAGAAAGCCUACUUCUGGUUACGUGGUUUAAUGGUGUCUGCCUUUAUUUUAUGUUGUUAUACCAAAUUUGUACUGUAGCUUGUUCUUUCUUGGUAUUGUUCUGUGACAGAUCUUUCUCUCCCUCUCAUUCGGUGAGUAGCUGCGCUCUCUCGUUACCACUUCUUCACGGAGGUCUGCUCCUUUUCAAAUCAUAAUCAUGCGAACUAAAGGUGAAACGAUAAGAGAAAGAAAAUCACAAAUGUACACUUUAAAUUGGGUUGUUAAAUUACAUUUUAUUGAAUAUGCUGAUCUUUGUAAAUAAAAUCACCUAUGGAAUCAAA